AUGGCUGUGCCCACCGAGGACAGCGAGCGGGCGCCACUGCUCGCUCCGUCAUCCUCGUCAACCACCACCACAAUAGCAGAUGAAUCGGUCAGCACCGCAUCGGAAGAUGACUUUACAGAGGGAUCGAAGAUCUCAGCCCUGCGGGGAAUAGUACUGGGAGCAUGCAUUGCAAUCCUGAUCUUUCUCCAGACGGCCAACUUUUCCAUGAUGACCACGAUCCAAUCCGCCAUUGCGGUAGAUCUCGAUGCAUUCCAAAAUGCGAGCUGGUUCACGUCUACCUAUCUUAUUGCUGGUUCGAGCAUCACUCCCCUUGCCGGCCGCCUGUGCCACUUGUUCUCCCCUCGAGCAUAUAUCCUCGUGUCAUGUCUUAUCAUGGCAGCCGGAGCUCUCAUUGCUUCUCUAUCUCCUCGUCUCGCGGUCUUCCUUCUGGGUCGUGCCAUCCACGGUGUCGGCGGAGCCGCCAUUUUCCCUGUAUCUUUGAUCCUCAUCAUCGAAUUGACCAACGUGAAACGAAGAGGUCUCUAUAUUGGCUGCGUCAACACCUGCUACACCAUCGGUGUUGCAUGUGGUGCCAUCAUCACAGGUGCCCUUGAGCCCGUCACGGGUUGGAGAGGCAUCUUCGCCCUUCAGGUCCCGCUAUCAAUCACGAUGGGAAUCGGAAUCUUCCUUGCUAUUCCCUCAUCCAUCUUCUCCAAGCACACAAACAUCAUAAACCCUGGCCAUCUUCCCAACCGCCUCUCGCAAAUCGACUUCCUCGGAGUCCUCCUGUUAAUAACAACCACCGUCCUUUUCCUCUAUGGCCUCUCCACCCCCCAGAUAACAUAUUCCACCAUCGCCUGCUCUCUUAUCACCCUCCUCGCCUUCCUUUUCAUAGAGUCUAGACCCUACCUCUCAACAACCCAGCCCAUCCUCCCCCUCCCUAUUCUCAAAUCCCCCGCCGUCCUCCUAACCUGCCUCUCAACCCUCAGCGCCAUGAUAGCGCGCUGGUCCAUCCUCUUCUACACCCCCGUCUACGCGCUCGCUGUUCGGGACUUCUCUCCCGCAAAAGCCGGGCUGAUCCUCUUACCGACAAACGGUGGCUUCGCGCUCGGAAACCUGCUGCUGGGCUAUUUCCACGUCAAGAGAGCCGGCAGUUUCUACACGAGCUGUUUGGUGGUGUAUCUGCUGUUCUCGCUAAGCUUACUGGUGAUCGGGAGCAUUACAACGAGGGAAGUGGAGAUGGGAUGGUACUAUCUGGCGGCGGGCGUAAAUGGUUUCACGAUCGGCGCGAAUAUGAUUUACACACUGACGCACGUGCUGCAUCGGACGCCGAAGGAGUCGCACUUUAUUGUGUCGAGCUUGCUUGCGAUGUUUAGGGGUUUGUCGGCGAGUUUUGGGAGCGCGAUUGGUGGCGGGGUUUUUUCAAGAAUUUUGACGCAGGCGUUAAGGGAGGGUUUUGAGGACAGGGGCUUCCCGUUGGAGGGGAAAGAGGAGCUGAUUAGAAGGUUGUUGGGUAGUCCGGCGCUGGUGGGUAGAUUGGUGGGAGUGGAGAGGGAGGUGGCGGUCGAGGGCAAGAAAUGUUCUUGCAGCGCGCUCCUUGGGCCUGAAAAUCUACAUGGAGGUUCCUCAACGUCACUUACGAGAGGAAUGUCGUCCUGA